GAGAGAUUAUCUUCUUAAAGAAACCACCUACGACUUGUUACAUCAAUUUCACUAUACUGUUAGGCAUCCUGUUUUUGGAAAAUUGAAUUUUGGAUUUUCAACUCACAGAAUGAUUGAAGUGGCAGAACAUGAAUUACUCAAUGUACUUUACAAUGAAAUGGCUAAAUAUUUGACCAAGGAUGAUAGUCAACUAUUGGAAAAGCUUUGUACUUUUGCACCAAGUCAAUGCGCAACAGAUGCAUUUUUCUUUUGCUGUGACACUUUGGAAAAUGCUCAAUUGAUUUAUGACAAGCUUGUACAAUUCGAUACAGAGGAAUGUCCUCAUGUUCUAGACAUGAUUCACUUGUCUAUUUUCAAGAAUCACUACUAUUACCUUGACGAAAGCAGUAAUGAUGGUAAAUUUUUCGUAGUGAAAGAAACUUUACAAAGUCAAGAACCAAUGGAAAGGUUUACUAUUUGUGCAGUUCAAUUGGAGGAUAGAACCCUCAGCGCAGAUCAUUUUGAGAAGGCCUUAAAUAGGUUCUCCUCAUCUAAUGAAUAAAUACUGAAUUUAUUUUGUAAC